CUAUCUCUCUCUCGACGACUCGAAUCCCCUCAUCGCCUCCUCCACCACGGGCACGGGGUAGAGCCGCAGGAUAACCCCGCACCCCACUCGCCCCUUUCUUCUCACUCUACUUUCUCUCUCUACCUUCUUUCUAUUACAAUUAUAAUUAUUACACCUAUCUCUCGCCGGAUUCCGAUCGGAGAAUCCAUUUGCACCGAUCAAAUCUGUUCCAAUUUGCCUUUUUUUUAUUGUAUUCUAUACGGACGGUUCUCCUUCUUCGAGGUGGCCUUUUGUUUGUGUUGUGGAAUGUACAUUCGCCAACAGCUUGCCCGCAACUGAUUGUACUUCUUGUAUGUGAACAUGGGAUCUGCUUGUUGUAUAGCUGCAAAGGAUGGAACACCAUCAAACCAAUCAGCAACUGAAAAUUUACACAGGACUGUCAGGUGUUCACCAUCGUGGAGUUUUCGGUGGGAUAAUCGAGGGCGAGUAGUAGGGGAAGAAACUAAACUGAAUUGGUCUUCUGAUGGAGUUAGUGGUAAUGAUAGAUCAGAUUUUAAGUCUAGGACAACUAUAGAAACAGUAUAUGCCUCUGAAGAGGGAAGUCCAUUCGAGAGCUUCCGAUCACAUGCAUGGCAGAAGUCACCAACCUCCGAAAGAAAUGGUGAAAUUUUAUCACAGCCUUCUUCAGAUCCCUUGGUGGCCUCAAACUCCGCAGAGAUAAUAGAACCAGCAAGAUUGCCUGCAGUAACAUAUCCUUCUCCUGCACUAUCGGCUUCAGCUUUAUCAUAUGAUGAAAGUCAGCAGCUCCCUGUGAACCUGACUCCCUCGAGUUCGUUCAUUCUCCCUGGUUGGGGCAACGAAUCAAUUCAGGGCUCUCAUGGUGGAUCAUCAGAUGGUUGGUCUAUUCCUGCCUUUCACGAAUUCCUACCAACUCCCCACAGGGAAAGGUGGUCUUUUGAUAGUGAAGGCUUUAGUUUCCUUUGUGGAAGAACAUCCAGUUCUCCCUCUUUAGAUCUCAGAGCGUGUGGCGUUUGUGCAAAGCUGCUGACAGAUAAAUCGUUUUGGGGCGGUCAGAAAACAACGCCUAAUGGAAUUUCUGUUGUUUCUGUACUGACAUGCGAGCAUGUUUUCCAUGCUGAGUGCUUGGAGAAUAUGACUCUGGAGAUCAACAAGUAUGACCCGGCAUGCCCUGUCUGCACUCUUGGGGAGAAACACGUGUCUAAGAUGUGUGAGAAGGGUUUGAAAGCUGAGAUGAAUUCAAAAGCUAGAAAGAGAUGUAGGAAUCAAGUUGUCGACAGUGAUUUUAAUGGAAACCUUGCAGCAGUGGGAGAUGUCGCGAGGUGUCCAAAGAUCAGCUCUAGUUCCUCCAGUCUGAAGAAGCUUUCUGUGGGAAAGCCAUCUUUGAGACGCCAUUUUUCAUUCAGUGGAUCAAAGGGGACAACAAGAGCAGUGUCUGAGAAUGAUUGUGCUCAGAAAAGGGGCUUUUUCUGGACACGAUCUAGCAAGGAGAAAGCUUUUUCAUGGGCACAACAAUAGUUAAGCAACACCGUGGUAUUCAUGCGGUUCUCUUUUCCCUGGAUUAUACACUAUUACUCAAUCUUGUCAUCAACUCUUUAUUGGAUACAUUCUAGUCAUUGACUAUGAAUUUUGUGUCCAAUUUAGGUGUCAUGCAUAUUUGGUUGGCAUACAAAAAUCUCAAUCCUAAAAUUCGAACAAACUAUGCACAAAACAUUUGAUGACCAAAUUGGGUCUAAAUUACAUUUCUAAAGGACCCAAUGGGUCUACAACCAAUAGAAGUUUGAUGACCAAAUAUGGUACUAGCUUAGCCAGUGAACAAAUUAGGAAUUGACUCUAUUCUUUUUACUUGAAGUGUCAUUUAUCUUCAUUUAUUGCAGUGGGUACUAUUUCUCCAAUGGUUUGUUUGACUUCAUUUUUUAAUCUGCAGACAUGGGAGAUCUUCUGUUGCUGGCCUUGGCGGCAUGGGCCGUUGCAGGGGUUGAAAAGGAGUCGAAAUUGAAAAGACCUUUCUUUGGGGGAGGGGCUGUUUAAAUUAUUUUGCUGUCAGGUUUAGGUAAGGCUCUGCAACUACAAUGUAAAGAAUGGGAACCAUUAGAGGUUGAAGGUUCCAAUCAUUACAAGGAACACAAAUGGAAAAUGGGAAUUCUGAUGCUUAGUCAUAUAUAUCUUCUUUUUUUUGUUACAUUUCAAGUGUGCAUGAAUUAUUGUAAUUUGAUGCCAAAGUGCCAAUUAGCAAAUGCAUGGCGUAUUGGAAUACCCAUUUCUACAUCGCAUCUGCUUUAGUUUU